AUGUUGGCGGAUAUUAAAGGUAUUAAUCCAUCCGUGUGCAUGCAUCAUAUUCUCCUUGAACCAGAGGCAAAACCGGUAAGAGAGCGACAGAGAAAGCUCAACCCGGCCAUGAAGGAGGUGGUGAUGAAGGAGAUUCUCAAGCUUUUAGAGUUAGGAAUAAUUUUUCCUAUCUUAGAUAGUGCAUGGGAAGUUGAAUGCGGCAACAAGGAAGAUCACUUCCCAUUACCAUUCAUAGAUGAGAUGCUUGAAAGGUUGGCGGGGUUCUACAGACGUUUUAUAAAGGACUUCUCGCGAAUCGCACAGCCAUUGUCUCAACUACUUCAAAAGGAAGCGACUUUCGAUUUUGGAGAGGAUUGUGAACUGUCUUUUGGUACACUAAAGGUGGGAGCUGUACUCGGUCAGAGAAAUGGGAAGUGUAGUCAUGUCAUCUACUAUGCUUCAAAAACGCUGUCUUCAGCCCAAUAUAACUACACCACCACUGAGAAUAAGCUUUUAGCCAUUGUUUUUGCUUUUGAAAAAUUUAGAUCAUAUUUAUUGGGCUCGAAAGUAAAGGUUUUCUCUGACCAUGCAGCUUUGAAAUACCUUUUAGCAAAGAAGGAGUCUAAACCAAGACUCAUUCGUUGGGUACUCCUGCUGCAAGAGUUUGACUGGGAGAUCAAAGAUCGGAAGGAGGUAGACAACUCAGUGGCAGACCAUCUAAGUCGCUUGAUUAGAGAAGAAGAAGGGGUGCCCAUAUCUAAGGUAUUUCCAGAUGAACACUUGUUUCAGCUCAGAGGUGAGGAGCCCUGGUUCGGCGUGCCCAGAGCAAUCAUCAGUGAUCAAGGCACUCAUUUCUGUAAUCGCACCAUUGAGGCACUAAUGCGUAAGUAUGGAGUUCACGAGUUCCCCAUUGAGGCACCAUUGAGGCACCAUUGGGAGAGUAUUCCCCAGCCACGAGUUCCAGCCACAGCGUCAAAGGAAGCUCAGGCGGGUCCUUCCUCCUCCGCUGAUCCGUCGUCUUGGGACACCCAAGUUCGUCACCUAUAG